AUGGCAGGCAGACGGCUCGUUGAUGCCGCCAAACUCUUCAAUGCCUCGAAAUCCGUCGCACAGAAGCACAUGGCGCUUCGAUCGAGCCAGUGGGAUGCCUACAACAAAACCUCGUCGUUAGCGAAAGCCGUCAAGAGUCAGACGGACCGCGUCACCCUCACAGCAGCGGCUGCCAUUGCCCUCUCACAACGCUUCAGCGAAGAAGCUCCCUCCUACGCGAGAGCCGCAGCGGACCGGGCGACGAAUACACAAUGGACACAGCAGCCCGACAUACCUAGAAGAGGGACGGUGGAGAAGGAAACACCAGCAGAGGAUGUAAGAGAAGGCGUAGAGCAAGAUCACCACUACGAUCGAUCCGCUCAGAACAGCGCCCAGGAACCUCCACCCACCGAUGAGCUGGAGGUUGAGCAGGAAAAGGCCCCCAGAUCACCACUUCCAGACGGGACCAUACCAAGCCAGGGGUUGACCCUCGAACAGGAGGAGAAGGGUCAGGAUACGUUCUCGGAGAGGCCGGUACACGAAGCGCCGAAGGAGCCUCUGGCUGAGGACCAGGGUGAAUCGGUCCGUCACAAAGACGAAGGCAUCAAACCGGUCGAGUCCACAGAGACUACGAUACCGUUACCCGGAAGUCCUCGAGGUGCUUCGACUCAAGCCGCUGAAACUAUCCCCGCACAUGCGAACGACCCGCAACAAACUCCCAUAUCACCACAAACCGAGAAGCUUCAGAAAGGUCACGACAGAGACGUCUUCCACACGAGAUCGGUCGAAUCGCAACCAACAACCGCCUCACACCCUCAAACACAGAUACCAAAGACUUCAGGAACGAGACAGCAAAGUGAUGAACAUGUAGAGGACAAGCAAAUAAACCAGGAUGUGUUCUAUAAUCCUCUGAAGCCUGGGCAGGGACAAGUGGAGGAUGUACCAGAGGGUAUCAACACAGACGUCUUCCAUUCAAGAAAGGUCGCAAGGAUGUUAGGAAGCGACCCCUUCUCGAGGAAGGAAUUUGCGGAACGAAAGAGCGGUGGUAGACACCCGCUCGACGACAGGCCCAUACCAAAGACCAGCGGCAGACAUCCGCUUGACGAUAGGCCUGUAGCACCAGUGCAGCAGCAAAGUCAGCCUUCGACGCAAGAGCAUCAGCCGACAACCACCUCGAAGGAGAUGGAAGACCUGGCAUCUCAAUUGGCGCAGGACGUGCAGUCAAACGCGGCUGCAUCUGAGUCACCCAAUGAGGUAGCCACACAACCAGAGAAGGCCUCUUAUGCGUUACGAGAAUCGAGAGUCCCGGCAUCACGGUUCGGUCGCAUAUGGCAGUAUGCUGGUCUAGGCACAAGCAUGGCUCUCGGAGCUGUUGGUGAAGGUUUCCGACGAGCGACCGGCGGCGCUGCGUCAGCAACUGGGUCGUUGAUGCUUAGCCCUGGCAACAUGGAAAUACUAGUUGCAAAGCUCUCGCGCAUGCGAGGUGCCGCUCUCAAGCUGGGCCAGAUGAUCAGUUUCCAAGACAUUAAGAUGCUGCCGCCUGAGAUCCACGACGUACUGCAGCGAGUGCAGGAUAGCGCAGACUACAUGCCGGCCUCACAACGGAACAAAGUCCUGAGCAGCAACCUUGGUGAAAACUGGCGUGACCUCUUCGAAUCCAUCGAAGAUGUGCCUAUCGCAGCCGCUUCGAUUGGGCAGGUACACAAAGCAGUACUCAAGUCCAACGGACAGGCAGUUGCUGUCAAGAUUCAGUACCCUGGCGUUGCCAACUCCAUCGACUCUGACCUUAGCAAUCUAUCCCUCCUGCUGACAGCAUCUCGUCUUCUACCAAAGGGUCUAUACCUAGACAAGACCAUUGCCAACGCUCGAACAGAACUAGGUUGGGAGUGCGACUACACACGCGAGGCUGAAUGCCAAACUCGUUUCCGCGACCUCCUCCAAGAUGACACAGACGUUUUUACUGUCCCUAAGGUUUUCCCCGAAGCUUGUGGUCCUACCGUGCUGACCGCAGAGCUGAUGCACGGCGUCGGCGUCACUAAGCUCAAAACCCUUACUCAAGAGCAACGCGACUGGAUUGGCACCCAAAUUCUACGUCUCUGUCUACGCGAGAUCGUAGAGUUCAAGUUCAUGCAGACAGAUCCAAACUGGACAAACUUCCUCUACAACGCUUCCGCCCAGAAAAUCGAGCUAUUAGAUUUCGGCGCUUCACGAGACUACCCAGACAAGUUUGUCGAGCCCUACAUUAAAGUCCUCAUUGCAGCCUCUAAAGGCGACCGCAACUCUAUCCGCGACCUCUCUCUCGAACUCGGCUACCUAACCGGUAGCGAGAGCCCCGCUAUGCUCGACGCUCAUAUCCAAAGCGUUCUCACGCUUGCUGAGCCGUUUAGUGGCAGUGGACCUGAGAUAUACGAUUUCAGAGACCAAACUAUUACGGACAGAGCGCCGACUCUGCCAGUCUUCUUCUACACACUUCAGUCUGUAUGUCUGGCUCCUAUAUCAACGAUGGGCAGCCUCACCGAAAACGAGUUUUCUGAGGACUUUGGCUUCAUCGCACCAUCCGCAUUGCUACUGGAUAAUCCAGCAGCAGCGCCAUCAGACUUUGAGCUCCCCAGCCAGAACUUACACAGUCAUCCUAGCACGCGCUAUGCGCCCCUCUCAACCGACCCUGUGACCAAUCGUGCCACGCCUUCAAAGAAAGGUGCGCGUAUCAAUAAGGAAGCAAUUCGCAUUCUGAAAACCUGGUUCAUCACCCAUGAGAACAAACCCUAUCCUCGUCACAACGACUUGCAGUCUUUGCAGCAGCAGACCGGUCUAGAACACAAGCAAAUCACGACCUGGUUCUCGAAUGCUCGUCGCCGAGGCCUUUCUCGUGACUCUGGAUCAAAACAUCCGCAAGUCCACGACACUCAAACAAGCCCAAUUGACAUCAUUGCGAGACCUGGUACACCUGCAGUGCAGCUUGGAAUUCAGCAUCAAGAUCCUUUGCAACGAUGGGUCGAAUCGCCACCAGAAAAUGAGGCAGCAUCGUUUGGUGAUAUUUUCCGCGCUGUAACUACAGGUUCAGAUUGCUCCAAUAGUGAGCACAAUAAUUCAGAAACACUGUACCCAUCGUCUUCUGCAAGCAGUGCCAGCACAUCCUACUCUAACGCGCGGUCGGACUGCAACUCAUCUGGAUCUCAAACGUCCAAUGGGCCAAUUCGACGAUCGCGCAAGCGGGGACUGAAGAAAAACGACCGCUCCAAGAGAGCCUUUGCUGCACCCGAUUUACCAUACCAAUGCACCUUUUGCGUUGAGACGUUCAAGACAAAGUACGACUGGCAACGUCAUGAAAAGGCCCUGCAUCUCUCGUUAGAGCAAUGGAUAUGUGCACCAGAGGGUCCAAGAGUUCCGCUAUCGGCCAGGCAGGAGGAUCAAUUCUGUACUUUCUGCGGUAAACUAUCUCCUGACGAUACACAUCUCGACGAACAUCAUUACUCUGCCUGUCAAGCACGAGAUGAAAUCGAACGCAGUUUCUAUCGCAAAGACCACCUCGUACAACACUUGAGGCUUGUUCACAAAGUUGACACUGCAUAUGUCCCACUAGAUCGAUGGAAGACCUCUACGCUAGAUGUACAUUCGAGGUGUGGAUUCUGCAGCCUAGUCAUGCAUACUUGGACGGAGCGAGUGAACCACCUAGGGGAGCACUUCAAGGCGGGUGCAACAAUGGCGCAAUGGCAAGGUGAUUGGGGGUUCGAGGACCAUGUAUUGCAGCGUGUGGAAGAUGGCGUGCCGCCAUACUUUAUUCAUCUUGAGAAGAUGACGCCUUGGCCUUUGCGCGCAUGUGACACGCCAACCGCCACGUCUGUCAGCGCGUACGAGCUCCUUAAGCUUGAGGUCAACUUUUUUCGACAGAAUUAUCUCGAUCUAAAUGGAAUACCGCCGGACGCUCAUACUCUUCAGCUAGAAGCAUGCCGUAUCAUAUUCGCAUCAAAUGCGCUGUCAGAUACCGGACCUUCGACAUCGCAGCGAGAUGAUGGAGAGUCUUGGCUUCGCGACAUCAUUAUGUCGAACCCAGAUAUCGCCACGGAAGCUCUUUUUGGGCCACUGCGUACCCCUUCCGAGGGUAUUUCGACAUUGCGAAUCUGCGGCCGUAAUCACCUUUUUGAGCGGUGUCCACUAGAGACUCAACUUCGCGCUUUCGCACAAGCAAAAACUGACACAUCCGUUGGUCUGCCGGACCGGACACUCCAGCAAGAGGCUUGCGACAUCAUCCGCCGUAUCGAGGAUGCUCCCAAUGCUACCCUAGAAGGCUUCGCAGGCUGGCUUAUCCACACGAUUGGAGUAAACAACGUUUGGCUAUCAGCUUUUAAGCUGCGCACCAGCUUACCUUCUGACAACCAGAACCCAUCCGCAGCUUUUCCAGCCCAGCCAAUCGAUGACCAAGGGCUGCUUGCUCCCUUUCCUAUGGAACCCUCGUCCAUUGCCAGACUCCUCGAGAACCCUUUCCACACGACAGAUCGUGGUCUAUCUCCGCUUGUUCCCACCCCUGGUCUGCCUGAUAAUCACUCGCGAAGCCACAUGGCCAUGGGCACGAACUUCUACCGCCUCUUUGCCAAUGACCUUAGGCGCUGGGUCCUCGCCACCAUGUCCCCAUCCAACCCAGGCUGCCAUGUCCCAUCUGACGCGGAGAUUCAGCAUCACGCGCGCUGGAUCAUAUAUGAAUCUGAUGAUCCGUGGAACCAAACUGCUGCUGAUCACCCUGAGUGGCUGUGGCGCUUUAAGAGAGAUGUUGGUAUAAUCAGUACUGAAGAUUCUACUGGGAUCAUGGGGCUUUGA